CCCAAGCCCAAGGGCCAAAAUGAUAAUUUGUGCGACGAAGGGGGGAGGGGGGCAUAAUGCUCUUCUAUCUGUGACCUAGGCUAUCUGCGAAGAUAAAUUAAUUGGCCUCUCCGAAUUUCCCAUAUCUUCCUCAUACACCUACUUUACUUCGUGACCUCAGUACUGUGCUCAUACUCCAGUUCCAGCAGUUUAGUCUUGCAGCACCGGAAAGAAACGGAGUGGCUCUUUGGUCCUUUUCUAGAAGACAUUCGAAAGAGCUCGUCACUCGUGUCACAAAUUUUAACGAGAGUUUCGCAGAGUUUGCAACGCUAGGAGCACUGUGCUCUCUCUACACCUCUCCCUCUCUACCUUUGAUUCCGACAAAGCCUACCUGAAGAGUCACUAUACCUCCUCUUCCACCAUGUCCGCCCUCGACCCCAGCGCACCCUCACAACCCACCCAGCAGACGGGCCUCAACCAGGCGGGUAACCCGGCGUCCAAGACGACGGCCGAACAAGCCACCUCUCGCGCCGACACGUCCAACGGCAAGGACGCCCGGAUCAUCGACCACCGGGAGAGCCACGACGUCCCUUCGCAGCACAGCGGGGCCGCGCACCCAGGCGCUCGAGGAUCCGGUGCCCGAGGGCCCCUGACCGAGAACCUCAUCCCCGAAUCCGACGCGCAGAAUUAUUCGCAAAACAGUGAACUGGAGGGCGAGCAGAUGCGCAUGGCGGGAGAAGGGGACGUCGCGAGGGCGGUGCGUCGGGGCGGCGGCGGUGGCCACGCCGGUGAAGAGAGCCUCACCGCCGACGUCGACAGAAAACAGGCCGAGCACGAGGCGGAACUGCACAAGCGAGGGGAGCGGACGGGCAAGGAGAUCGAGGAGGAAGGGAACGAAGAUUGGACGGGCAAAAAGGCGGACGUGGCGAGUGCGUUGGUUGGAGGGAGGGAACGCAUCGACGAGGGCGAGAGGCCCAAGGUGGUGCUUGCCGCGGAGGAGUAGAGGUUGAAUCGAGGCUACGCGGUGGUUGAAGGGACGAAUUUUUUUUUGUAAGGCACAAAAGUCAGAAGAGGUCGUGACGAGCUGAUUUGGUUCAGACCUCAGAAGAAAUGGUUGUGCCAUUUGCAUUUCACAUCCUGGUCAACCGUGGGCCUCCUUUGGCUACCGAUUUGGUCACAACAUUCGCGCGAUCCAGCCGCGUGAUUUAUGAUAACUGAACGUUCUUCCUCUAUCAACGGCUCCGAAUCGACCGUCGACCUCGACGAUAGAAGCCCCUAUGUAUCAUUACCCACAGAAUCUGAGAACGUUCAAUUAGUAGAAAGAGAGAGAUGGGUAAUCAAAUACCCAGCAAUGAUUUCUGACGUGUACCUUUGAGGAUUGUCACCUGUUUGGCUUUGUACCUCUUGGACCUGGCCCGGUAGUGCUUCCAAGCCAGUCCCCAACACUCUCUCAAAAUAGCCGUCUGUGCGUCGUCUCCGACCAUAAAACAAAGACGUUGUUGCAGUCGACGUCUUUGUAUACCCGACUUAGG